AGCCCGGACCCGUGGAGCUUUUAAACUGAAGGCCAACCAAGGCGUACUGGAAAAACACAUUUUUCACUUCCGAGUCGCAGUCGGUUCCUCUUCUGCUGUCGUUUUUCCUUGGGAAUCUCCUGUGUGCAAGUCUUUGGGCGAGAUACAAUCUUGGCGAAAGUUUUGGAGCCAGCGACGUCGACGCCGCAGCGUUUUGCUGCCCAACACCGGGCCAUGGCGCUUUACUGGACUGGCGGAGCGACGGGCACGCUACAGCGGCGCUUGCUGCCGCUGCUGCUGGCUUUGAGCUUGUUGAUGUGCGUGUGCCGAGCAUCCUCGUCGCCUCGGCAGCAGCAGCAGCAGCAGGAGGAGGAGGAGGAGGACAGCGCCAUGGAGAACAUCGUCACGGAGAAGAAGGCUGAGGAGAGCCACCGGCAGGACAGCGCCGACCUGCUCAUCUUCAUCCUGCUCCUCACCCUGACCAUCCUGACUAUCUGGCUCUUCAAACACCGCCGGUUCCGGUUCUUGCACGAAACGGGACUGGCGAUGAUUUACGGUUUACUGGUGGGCGUGGUGCUGCGCUACGGCGUCCACGUCCCGCGCGACGUCAGCAACGUGACGCUGAGCUGCCACGUCAACGCCAGCCCGGCCACUCUGCUCGUCCAGUCCCGCGGCAAGUUCUACGAGUACACCCUCAAGGGCGAGAUCAGCGCCAGCGAGGUGGAUGACGUGCAGGACAACGAGAUGCUGCGCAAGGUGACGUUCGACCCCGAAGUCUUCUUUAACAUCCUCCUGCCGCCCAUCAUCUUCCACGCCGGCUACAGCCUGAAGCGGAGACACUUUUUCCGCAACAUGGGCUCCAUCCUGGCUUACGCCUUUUUGGGCACGGUCGUUUCCUGUUUCGUCAUCGGGCUGUUGAUGUACGGCUGUGUGACGCUGAUGAAGCAGAUGGGGCAACUCGGCGGGGAAUUCUUCUUCACCGACUGUCUGUUCUUCGGCGCCAUCGUGUCCGCCACCGACCCUGUGACGGUGCUGGCCAUCUUCAACGAGCUGCAGGUGGACGUGGACUUAUACGCGCUGCUGUUCGGCGAGAGCGUGCUCAACGACGCCGUGGCCGUUGUCCUCUCCUCGUCCAUCGUGGCCUACCAGCCGGAGGGCGACAACAGCCACACUUUCGAGGUCGUGGCCCUGUUCAAGUCCUUCGGCAUGUUCCUCGGCAUCUUCAGCGGGUCCUUCGCUCUGGGCGUGGCCACUGGCCUCGUCACAGCGCUCGUGACCAAGUUCACUAAGCUGAGAGAUUUCCCGCUGCUGGAGACGGCCUUGUUCUUCCUCAUGUCGUGGAGCACCUUCCUAUUGGCCGAGGCGUGCGGGUUCACAGGUGUGGUGGCGGUGUUGUUCUGUGGCAUCACCCAGGCGCAUUACACCUUCAACAACCUGUCUCCCGAGUCCCAAGACCGGACCAAGCAGCUGUUUGAGUUAUUGAACUUCCUGGCGGAGAACUUCAUCUUCUCCUACAUGGGCCUGACCCUCUUCACCUUCCAGAACCACGUCUUCAACCCCAUGUUCAUCGUCGGGGCAUUUGUGGCAGUGUUCCUGGGCCGAGCAGCCAACAUCUACCCCCUGUCCUUCCUCCUCAAUCUGGGCCGCCGCAACAAAAUCCGAUCCAACUUCCAGCACAUGAUGAUGUUUGCGGGAUUGCGCGGCGCCAUGACGUUUGCGCUGUCCAUCCGAGACACGGCCACGUACGCGCGGCAGAUGAUGUUCUCCACCACGCUGCUCGUGGUCUUCUUCACCGUGUGGUUCUGCGGCGGCGGCACGACCCAGAUGUUGUCGUGCCAGCGCAUACGGGUGGGAGUGGACUCUGAUCAAGACAACUCUGUGAGUGUCGGCGAAGGUCCCGAGCGACGGAGCACCAAACAGGAAAGUGCCUGGCUUUUCCGAAUCUGGUACAACUUUGACCACAACUACCUGAAGCCCAUCCUGACCCACAGCGGCCCGCCGCUCACAGCCACGUUGCCCGCCUGCUGUGGCCCCCUGGCUCGCUUCCUCACCAGCCCGCAGGCCUUCGAGAACGAGAGUCAGAUUAGGGACGACGACUCGGACCUCAUCCUGACCGACAGCGACGUCAACCUAAACUACGGCGACGUGACCGUCAGCACCGACGGCACGCGCACACACGCGGCGGCCGCCGACGACCCCGACCGGGAGCUGGCGUACGGCGACCACGAGCUGGUGAUGAGGGGCACGCGCCUGGUGCUGCCCAUGGACGACUCCGAGCCGCCCUUCACGGACCCCCGCUGCCGCUUGUGAGGGCGGGCGGGGCCCCCGCCCAGCUUCCUCAAUCACGCCCCCUCCCCGCCAUCACUGUAACGUAAUCCUAUUGAUUUGCCACUUUUGGUUCUGAGGGUCACCUUAUUGUAGCAUCGCACAGCAUGUGUUCUGUGUGGCGAGCCGUUUGAGCGUUUAGUGUUGCGCAUUUGCGCAAUUGCGCAUUAACUAUCACUUUUUGUCUUUACUGGUAAGACAAUUCAGUCCACUAGUAGAACGACGGUCUUACUAGUGUUAUUUGGCUUUCAUAAACACGCAGAUUUUUCGAGGGGGUGGGGCUUCAUUGACUUUAUCGCCAUCUGGUGAAAACUUGUGGAGGGCAAUCGGUAAUCUAUUUGGGGAGCCAUCAGUUACUCGCAGAUUUUCAUGGCAGGGCUCGGUCCCGUUCCGCCGUGAACGGCCCGCCUUCCACUACUGCGUAACGUUUCCAUGUGCUAGUGCAAUUACUAAGGUGCACUAGUCGAACCACUAAAUGUUACGAGUGAGGCAAAACUCUGAGAAUCGGAGCAGAUGGACAAUUCAGCGCACUAUUGGUAUAUUGAGAUAAUGCUCUAACGGCUUGCCGUAGUUCUGACAAUAUAGGAGCAUCACUGUAACGUCGACGCGCAUUGCUGAGGAUUUUUCCCGGCUUGUUCUUUUUUGGGCCAGAUGGCGUUCGGUCGUGUUUGGGUCGCCACUCGGCAGCACGUGCGCUGUCAAUCAAGUGCCUGGCCUGGGAAGUGUAGUUUUCAAGGGGCCUUGUAGUUACGGGGGUCUGCCAGGAGAGGGGGCGUGAGGUAGCAAUUACGCUCAACAUUCGGGGGUGUUGACGUCGUCAAUGUGCAAAUCGGAUCCGAGCCGCCGACUGU